GAGCACUGUACCGGAAACUGUCAAGCGCCCCGGCGGAAGUAAACAAAGAGGAAUUCAUUUAGUUUGGCGUGUGAGUGUGGAGGAUUGUGGAUUCUCCGCUAUAGAGUUGCAGCUGCAGCAGCGAUGUCUUCAGUUCAGUCUCUGAGAGAGUUUAUCAGCGAGCAACUCACUGCUGCUGCUGAAGAAAUCUUCAGACAGUUUGAGAAAACCAUCGUCCACUAUGAGGAGGAGAUGGAUCGUCAGCGCAGACUGCUGGAUAAUUGUAGCAGCUGGAGAGUACCGACUAAUCCACACAGACCAGAUCUGGAACCUCCAGGAGUCUUUGAGGAAGACCAGCCGCUCUGGAACCAGGAGAGGAGCAGCAGCCUGAGGGAGCUGCAGGUCAAAGAGGAGCAGGAGGAGCCGUGCAGCAGUCAGGAGAGGUGGCAGGAGAACAAUGUUUCCUCUGUGAAGGCUCCCUUUGAGGCAGAGUCACGCUGCGAGCAGCUUCUCUCUCAGAUCCCUCUCGUGCCUCAGGACCAGCAGGGUGGGGCGUACAUGGAGUUUGAUGGAGACGCAGAGGUGAUGUCGCAGCAGAGACCAAACAGAAGAGGCUGCACCGACCCAGAGGGUGCCUUCCUGCCAGAGCGCGACUUCAUGAUUGAAAACGACAACAGGGUCUGUAAAUGCAGCAUCUGUGGGAAAAGCUUGAAAGACAAAUACUCUCUAAAAGUCCACAACAAGAUCCACACGGGGGAGAAAGCCUUUUCCUGCCACAUGUGUGGAAAACGCUUCCGAUACAAACACGCCUUGAAGGUUCACGUCAGGAUCCACACGAACGAAAAACCUUUCAGCUGUCGAGUCUGCGGGGAGACGUUUCGUCAGAGCAGCAACCUGAUCAGCCACCUGAAGAGACACCAGGAGCACAUGCUGCUGCCGAGCAGCCAGGGCCGCAGGUGACAGCUGUCAGAGGAAGGUCACCUCACGUCUGUCAUCGUAAAAGCAUUUUUGGUAGAUGAACACCAGUAAAAAACUGAACUGAAAUCAUAAUUUAUUAUUAUUGUUAUAAUAAGAAUUUAUUGAUACUUCAAGAUUCUUAAUUCUGUCAGUAAAGCUAGGAACCAGAUAUUGAUAAAUCAUGUAAUAAAAUGGUUAUAGUAUAACGGGGUGGGAUUAUAUAAGUUCCUUUCCUUCCACUCCCUUUCAUUUAUUAAUAUGUCUAAUUAUCCUCAGUUUGAUUAGUUAUUGUAUGAAUGUAAAACUGAUGAUUGUAUUGUUUUGGUGUAUUAUUUCUAUUUGAUUGCUUGAAAUAAACCAUUUCAAAUCAUUAAAAUAAUCGGCUUAAAACCAGAGGAAUGUUUUGAUCACAACAUCAUUGCUAAUUUGAGUAUUUCAUCCUCAACUGCAAUAAAUUUGUAUUUUAAUCAUUUGUGUUAUGAAAGACUGAAGGAGUCAAAUGCACUUCAUCCGUGAUGUGUUGGUUUGUUUUUUUCAUCUAGAUUUAUGGUUUGUUGAAUGAUGAGCUAAAAUAUCUUGCUCAUUAAGGGAUAUAAUGGAUUGGUUAUGAAAUCAUUAGCUCUGUCCUGUGUGCACACAUUCUGUCACAGAUUUUUGUUGGUCAAAUCAAAGUUGUUUGAAACAAACUGUACACAACCGAACAUUUAAGUCUUAAAAAAUAAACCAAAUGAGUGAGUGUACAAACUGUGAUAAUCGAUGAUCAUCCAUAGUUAAAAAUCAGCUCUUUUUAAAUUAUGUUAUUAUCAAUCAUGUUUUUCUCUAACUGCAGCUUUGUCAUGAAGGGUUUUUUUUAAUUUUUUAUUAUACUAUGUAGUUUGAGAUCUUGCACUUGCUUAUGUGAACCACCAGAACGCAGCAGAGCUCUUCUUGAACUGGACAAAAGAACAGAAGAGCAAAUUUCCUGACAAUGUAUUCAGCACAAAUUCUGGUGGAAAAGUUUAUUAAGCUAAUUUUGUUACAGAUCUUAAUAAAAAAUGAAGUUAAAGCACAGAGUAAU